GACACUUUUAUUUGAAAAGCUCUCAAACCUUAGCCCAUUUAAGCCUUCUAUUCUUUAUCUGGCAACCAUCAAUUAGUUCUGAUUCACCAUGGCCAAAAUCUCCACAAAUGCCACUAGUUCCUCCGUUUUUCUCUUCAACAUUAUUAUUCUCUUCUCCUUGACCCUUGUUACCGUAAAGUCUGACAGUUUCUCAGGACACUUUUCUCCAAAAAAAUUAGGCCUCAAACGGGAGAAACUAAGCCACCUUCACUUCUACUUCCAUGACAUAGUCGGUGGAAGAAACCCAACUGCUGUUCCAAUUGUCCGAGCAGCCAUUACUAAGAAAUCCUUCUCAUCAUUUGGGCUAGUCACAAUGAUGGAUGACCCUUUGACCGUAAAGCCCGAGAUCGGCUCAAAGCUUGUAGGAAGAGCACAGGGGAUUUAUGCAUCGGCAUCACAAAGUGAACUUAGUUUUCUGAUGGCAUUGAACUUUGUUUUCACGGAAGGGAGGUAUAAAGGUAGCACCCUUAGCAUUCUGGGGCGAAACAAUGUGUUUUCCGGCAUCAGAGAGAUGCCUAUUGUUGGUGGAAGUGGGCUUUUCAGGUUUGCAAGAGGCUAUGCUCAGGCAAAUACUCAUGAGAUUGACUUCAAAACUGGUAAUGCUAUUGUGGAGUAUAAUGUUUAUGUCUUCCAUUAUUGAGUUGUUUUUGGUUCGUUUGGUUUUGUGUUUUUUUUUUUUUUAACUGUGAGUG